AUGUCUUCUUGGGCUAUUGUCGGAGCCACUCGUGGUAUUGGAUUUGGAUACGUGAAAGAACUGUCUGCUGAUUCCAAGAACACGGUUAUUGCUUUGAUUCGAAGCCAGGCUACGGCUGGUCCGCUGAAUGAGUUGGCCGCAACUCGCAAGAACAUCCACGUCAUUGAAACGGACAUCUCUAGCGUCUCAAGGCUCGAAGAGACUGCAAAAAGCAUCAGCAAGGUCACCAACGGCAGCCUGGACGUUCUGAUUUACAACGCCUACUCUGCCGGAACUGACGAGGCCAAGCUUUUGCCGCCUUCUGCCUUCCGCGGAAAGGAAGAUCUUUUUAAGCGAGAAAUCGACGAAUCUUUGGCUGUGAAUCUCUUCCAUGCUGUGAAUACGAUCAAUACACUGCUCCCUUUGGUCGAAAACGGUCAGCAAAAGAAGAUUGUAUACAUUUCGUCAGGAAUUGGCGAUAUUCCUACCACUCGCUUCACCGAACUGCCCAAUCUUCUUGGGUAUGCUGUCAGCAAGUCCGCCGGAAAUAUUAUCAUGGCAAAAUACGCAGUCGAACUCAAGGCCAAGGGCAUCAAGACUCUCUCUCUGAGCCCUGGUUGGGUGGAGACCGACGCUGCUCAAGACAUUUCCAACUCGCCUGAGGCCUUCCAGUGGAUGCUCAGCUCGUUCCAGAAAAUGGACCCGAGAGUCAAGGGCAUGAUCUCGACCGAAGAAUCCGUCAAGGCCCAGUUGUCUGUUAUUGCUUCUCUUGAUGAGAAGCUCAGCGGCGACUUUAUUUCCCACCGCGGCAACAAUAAGGACUGGUUUUAG